AUGUGCUCCUGGAUCCCCACUUCUAUGUUGUGUUUGACCCUCUUUCUUGCCUUCUGCUCAUCUGAUACGGAUCCUGCCCCUGAUCUGAGGUCUGUUUUACCAUCAGAAGUAAACUCCAAAUAUAACACCAUUUAUGGCAUCGUUUUUGAUGCCGGCAGUACUGGGACUCGUAUUCACAUCUACACCUUUCACCAGAGGGCUGCAGGUUCUCCUCUGGAGCUGGAUGGAGAAAUCUUUGAGUCAGUAAAGCCAGGUCUCUCGGCUUAUGCCAAUCAGCCAGAAAAGGGUGCAGAUGCUGUGCUUUCCUUGCUUCAGCUGGCACAAGAUGCUGUCCCAUCUUCUCACUGGCAGAAAACUCCUCUGAUACUGAAAGCUACUGCUGGCUUCCGAUUGCUUCCUGUACACCAGGCUGAAGGCCUACUCUCCGAGGUGAGGAAAGUCUUCAACUCCUCUCCUUUUCUAGUACCGGAGAACAGCGUCACCAUUCUGGAUGGAACCGAUGAAGGAAUAUUGGCCUGGAUCACUGUAAACUUUCUGACAGGUCGGUUACACGGAGAUCAUAGUGUGGGUACUUUGGAUUUGGGUGGAGCAUCUACACAGAUCACCUUUCUUCCUCUUAACAAAGCUACAUUAGAUGAGACUCCACAGGAGUCGCUGGCUUCCUUUGAGCUGUUCAAUAGCACAUAUCGCCUCUACACACGUAGUUAUCUGGGUCUCGGUCUGAAGGAGGCUCGUCUUGCAGUUCUUGAAGCUUCGGUGUCUGUAGCCCAACAGGAGCAGACGUUCCGCAGCCACUGUUUUCCUCCAGCCCUGAAUGGAUCAUGGGUGUUUUCUGGUGUAACCUAUAGAUAUGGAGGACACUCUGAUGGUCUGACUGGAUUUCAUUUGUGUUACUCGGAGGUUCAACGUAUUGUGGUAGGAAAGCUGCACCAAGUGGAAGAGAUCCGACACAGCCCAUUCUAUGCCUUCUCAUACUACUAUGACCGCGCUGUGGACAGCAGCCUGAUUGAUUUCGAGAAUGGUGGUGUGCUGGAAGUCCGUGACUUUGCCCAAAAAGCAAGAGAAGUGUGUGACCAUAUGACCAGCGACUCGUCUCACAGCCACUUCUUGUGUAUGGACCUGACCUACAUCACUGCUCUGCUCAGGGAAGGCUUUGGAUUCGAGGAUGGAACCAUCUUGCAGCUAACCAAAAAAGUGCGAAAUGUGGAGAUGAGCUGGACGCUGGGAGCCGCUUUCCACGUGUUGCAGUCGCUUUUACUGUUGGAGUAG